AUGAUGCGAUCCGUGUUCAUUGCCCUGUGCCUCGUCGUGUCCGUGUCCUGCUGGACAAACGAACAGCUUUUGAUGGCUGUGGAGACGGGCUGCAAAGCCAAAAACUACAUGUGCCCCAAAGAAGGUCAGUCGAUAAUAAAUGGGUCGGUUCGGAAUCACUCCUUCUCUAGAGUACGGGAUCUUCGAGGGCUCCGACUGGACGUGGGACAAGGACGCCAUCGUCGGGUCCCCACUCGCCGAGGUCUUCCGUAAAAGCCGUCACCUUACGGCGGAAACCGCAGCUGCAAUCACGGUAAACUGAACAGCAAAUGUAGAGUGUUUCAUUGUGUUUGUGUUUAGGAGGCCUACUGCUGCACCGAAGGUUCGUGCCUCUACAGGUGCGGAAUCUAUCCGAAAGUAGAGAUCGACCUGAUCGAGGCGUUCCCCACCAACGCCCACGAAAUCUUCAAACUCGACCUCCCAGAACUCGAGGUAUAAUUUCCAGAAUACCUACUGCCAGCGUGCUAGUUGUAUCUUUUCAGAAGUACCGCGAGUUCGUGCUCGACUGGCUCCGCAACGAGCAGCGUCUGAUCAAAGGACGCAUCCCCGCCGAGAUCGAGGAGUUCUUUGACGCGCUCCACACCCACCAGAAGAAGAUCCGCGAGAAACUGCGCGCGCAGCAGGAGGCUCGACGAAACGACUAA